AUGUGCUUUAACAAAGAAUGGUCUUUGGGCUUCACAUGCACUAGCCUCUUCUUCGGUGGCUGGGUCAUGUCAGGCAAGGGUAUCUGGAAGAAUCUUCAGCCAUGGCAGCGCUGGAGAAUCUGCCUUUGCUUCAUCUAUUUCGCUUCGAUGGAAGCAUUACAGUUCUUCCAGUACCUCGUCAUCAAUGAUUGCAACUCAAUGGCCAACAUCAUCUUGACAGCACUCGGCUAUAUCCAUAUCUGCUGGCAGCCACUUUUCUCCAACAUCGCUUUAUCCGCACUCGAUUUCAAGAACUUUGAGAAGAAGCGUGAAGAGGUUUGGAACUUUGUUUUCAAGUUUGCUUUCACAUCUGGCCUUCUUAUGUCUGCCCGUCUCCUCAUCCCACUCAUCUACGACGGCCCACAGAACUUCAUCUUCACACCAUGCAACCACGCAGAAGGCAUCUGCGGUGAAAAGACAUGCACAACAAAUGGUCUUUACCAUCUUAAGUGGGAAUUCAAGCUCCUCAAGUCAUCAUACGCCUUCCCGAACGUAGCUGCUCACUUCCUCUUCAUGUUUGUUGCUCCAUUCUUACUUGGCUUAAGACUCCAGUCCAUCAUCCUCUUCUUGACAGGCCCAUUCAUCUCCUGCCUCUUCAGAGGUGAAGUUUCUGAUGGCGAACGCUCUGCUAUCUGGUGCUUCUUCUCAAUCGCUGAAUCCUUCAUCACAAUCAUCACAUCAUUACUUGCCUGCAGAUAUCAGCUUAAGGAUUCUACAAAGAACCUUAAGAAGAGCAAGAAGGAAUAA